AUGGCCCAACACGAGCUCCCGUCGUUCCUCAAGCCUACCCUGCGCGUCUCCCAAUUCACUGUCGCGAUCCCUGACAACGACAUCGCCGACUUCAAGACGCUUCUCCGGCUCUCCAAGCUUCCACCCGCGACCGCUACAAGUGAUGAUCGUCACUACGGCAUAACUGCGUCGUGGAUGUCUGAAGCGAAGCAGAAAUGGCAGGAUUUCGACUGGAAAGCAACGGAAUCAAAGCUCAAUUCGCUCCCACAGUUCACCACCGAAAUCGACGACUUCACCGUCCACUUCGUCGCCACGUUCUCCGAGGAUCCGGAUGCGGUGCCAUUGGUGCUCCUUCACGGCUGGCCCGGAUGCUACUACGAAUUUUAUCCACUAAUUACAGCGCUCCGGAAAGACAAGCAGAAGAACUACCACAUCAUCGUGCCCAGCCUACCAGGGUACGCUUUCUCCACCGCCCCGACGGAUCGGCAGCUGUUGUUGAGCGAAAUGGCAAGCGUGGUGGACCGGUUGGUUGUGGGAUUGGGGUUUCCCGGGUAUGUCGCGGUCGGCGGCGAUAUUGGCUCGCUCGUGGCGCGGGGGUUGUCAGGAAAACCGGCCUGUCGGGGGGUCCACCUGAACAUGUAUGUUCUCCUCUCGGAACCACCCACCGCGGUAUCCUCACUUCCCAGAGUGGAUCAAGAGUGUGUCGCGCGCGGUGAGAUGCACAAAGAAGAUGGCACCGCGUACGCUCUGAUCCACGGCACACGGCCCAACACCAUCUCGCAUGUCCUGGCGAGCAGUCCGCUUGCGAUCCUGGCGUGGAUCGCAGAGAAGUUUCUCGACUGGACGGAGGAGGACCCGUCCAUGGAGCUGAUUCUGGAGGUGGCGACGCUCUAUUGGUUCACUGAGAGUUUUCCCAGGGGGAUUCAUCCGUACCGCGAGGUUGCUCCCGGCCCAAUGCUUCUUUCCGGUGGAACCACAAAAACCGACUGGACAGAUACUAUCACGAUCAGAUCUCCCUACGGCUAUUCGUGGUUUCCGAAGGAGAUAAUCCAGAAGCCACUGGAAUGGAUCGAGCACGAUAAUAAGGAUGUUCCGCUAGCGGUCUUGAAGAGACACGACAGGUGUGGCCAUUUCCCCGCGUUCGAGUGCCCGUACAUUUAUGCGGAGGAUAUCCACGCGUUUGUGGAGGCGUUGGUGAUGAUGGAGAAGAAGAUGUGA